GACCAGAAACAUCGCAGCCUGAUAUCGAUAAGAACGUUGUUGACGCUGCAUGGUGGGAUUUUCACUCUAUUGUGGCGCUCAGGGGUUUCUCCCUUCUUAGUGUGAGUCUAUUUUCACAAGCGAGGCCGAAAUUGACUGAUCGUUGAUCUUGAUCCCGGUAGUCGCGGCAAACCAGGCCGAUAUCGAACCCGCCUCACCCAGCAGACCUCGAUAUGCGCCCAGACACUCGCGAUCAACAAGAGGAGCUCGAACCCUUCCUCAUAUCCCAGGAAACCGCGGAGGACGAAAGGCUUACCACAAGAGUCUUUGGGCAAAUUUCACGAACAUGGCGCAAGGCUCAAGUGCUCAUCGCUUCGGAGCAGGCGGUCGGUAUCUUCAAGUGCAGCCUUGCAUAUCUACUCGCGUCGCUGGCAGUUUUCAUACCAGUUAUUGGUAGUCUUCUGGGCAACCAAUAUGGGAAACAUCUGGUCGCGACUAUCACCAUCUACUUCCACCCGGCUAGGUCGCAGGGUAGUAUGUACAAAGCACUGAUAUGCGCCUUCGUCGCAUUCCUUUUCGCGACGUUCCUCUCCUUAUCGAGCAUGUGGGUGACUAUCACUAUUGAAAGAAAACACGAUUUGAUUGAGUUAGGCCAUGCUGUGGUGCUGAUCGUCUUCGUGAUGGGCGGAUUCGGAUUUAUCGGUUGGAUCAAGCAGAGAUUACAAGACCCGCUCGCCAAUGUCGCAUGCUCUCUGGCUUCGUUAGCCUCUAUUUUGGUUAUCACAAAAGAGGGCGCUGUCCAGACAGGGGACCUCUCCUUUACCAAGAUCUCCCAGAUCCUUAGGAUGCUUCUUUUGGGCAUUGGCGUUUCAACGGCGGUGUCGUUAUCGAUAUUGCCUGUCUCUGCCCGGAAGAAAUUCCGUGGAGACCUUUCUACCUUGACCGGUACAGUGACAGCGAUGUUGAUGAGUACCACCGAGAGCUUUCUCCGCGGCACUGACCGUGAACUACAAACCGCCGACUUUACAAAAUUAUAUGGACACCACGAUAAAGUCUUCGGUCAGUUGAAGACGCUGCUGGGUGAGACUAAACUUGAACACUACGUGGCUGGAACGAAGCGAGAACAUUCUAUUGAGAAGCGCCUCGUGAGUCUCAUGCAAGAUAUCACACACGGAAUAGGUGGUCUACGCAGUGCAGUGACUUUGCAGUCUAAAUUACUUGCGCCAACAAAAUAUACGAGAACAUCACAAUCCUUGGCCAGGCCAGCGGAAUUACCCAAUCCUGCUAUUCCAGCCUCUUCAUCGCUAGCUGGAGAGUCGCAAGCUGUUUCAUGGGAAGACGCACAGCCAUUUGGCAACGGGGAUUCAAUCCUAGUGCCCGGCGUGGGACAACAGUCCUCUUCAAUUCACUCUCCUGCUGAGAUCUUCGAAAAGCUAACAUCUGGGCUCGAGGUUUCUAUCCUAUCACUCGCUCAUACCCUGCGAGAGACUUUUGCAGAAAUUUCCUUUGGACCUGCGCCGGAUUAUCGACUUUCUAUAAGCGACGGGGUUACCGAUCGCAUCAAUGAAGCAGUAGAUCUAUACCGAGAAGCUCGACAUGUUGCUUUUUCUUCCCUGCGUCGUGAUUGGGAGAUGAUAUCUCCUUCUCAGGUGGACAAGGCCAGCCUUGAGGAAAUCUUCGCGAAUUGCGAGUAUUUCUCCGUCUCGUUACUUGAGCUUAGCGAGCGGCUGCGAGAGCUGUUGCUAAGCUUAGAGGAGCUGCAGGCUGAGGUUAAUGAAAGGCCUGAUGGAAGAUCAUGGGAGUGGCUGCGUCCUUCGUGGUGGCCGGCUCGCCGAGAACAAGCCCUAAAUCUCAAUGAAGCCUCAUCGUUAAGGAAUACCAGCGCUGCCGGCAAUACGCGAAGCCCAUUACGAAUAGCGAAUACGAGCGACCAGUCUGGAGGGGUGCAUCGAGGGAGCACCCGAAACUAUAGAGCUGGUCAAGAUGUUGUAAGACUGUUCGAUUUCUUGCGAAAGGACGAAAUCAAGUUCGCUCUCAAAGUAGGCAUUGGAGCAGCGCUAUACGCCUUACCUUCCUUCAUAUCCGUGACCAGGCCAUAUUAUCUGUCUUGGAGAGGAGAGUGGGGUCUUAUUUCCUACAUGCUUGUCUGCUCCAUGAUAAUCGGCGCGUCGAAUACCACGGGCUUUGCUCGUUUCCUCGGUACAUGUCUUGGUGGUCUUUGCUCGAUCGCUGCUUGGUACCUUGCUGGAGAUGACGCUGUCAAGCUCGCGUUGACGGGCUUCGUCAUGGCCAUCGGGCCUUUCUACGUCAUUCUUGUCAAGGGACAAGGCCCCAUGGGGCGGUUUAUCUUACUCACCUACAACCUCUCUGUUCUCUAUGCCUUCUCCCAUUCGCAAAUCGAUAUGAAUGAUGCGAAUGACGAAAUUGAACACCUCGAUAUCACCUCCAUCGUCCUCCGUCGAGUCAUCUCCGUCAUCACAGGCAAUAUUUGGGGAAUCAUUAUCACGCGGGGCAUCUGGCCUAUUCGCGCACGGACGAAGCUUGAUGAAACACUCCAGACGCUGUGGCUUCGACUGGCCCUGGUUUGGGAAUCCGACCCGCUGAAUACGAUAUCCAGGGGUGACGCAACCACACCAGUUCUCUACUUGGACCCCCGCGACAAGGCUGAGAUAGAGCACCUCCUCUCGCAACUCGACCCCAUGCAGGCUUCUGCACGCUCUGAGUUUGAGUUGAGAGAUCCGUUCCCAGAUGCUGCCUAUAGCAAUGUCAUUCGCUGGACGAGAGACGUUGUGGACAACUUUCAUUCCAUGGACCUGGUUUUGUCUAAUCUCGCUGCACCUUCUGAAGGGCAGAUGUCGCUUUUGCGACAUACGGCCGUUGCUAGACAGAGAAUGUCUGAGUGCAUCGGUAAUUCGCUCAUCACCAUAGCGUCAGCUGUUGAUCUUGGGCAUAGUUUCGAUACCCCUACGAAUGUAGAGCGGUCUCGUGACGAACUUCUGGCACAGAUUUCUCGAUAUCGUCAAGACAAGCGAGCGUCCCACGCGACGAAUGAUGAAGAUUAUGUGCUGCUCUACGCUUACAUCAUUGUGAGCCGCCAAUUGUCGAAUGAGAUUGUCCAAAUCACGACAGAACUGGGUCGCAUCUUCCCGGCUUCGGAUGAGGAUUUAGUUGGUGCUGUUCGAGUGUAAUUUAUGUGACUGCCUACGAUUUUCUCGAUUAUACCCCAUUUCAAAUAGAUCUCAUUUUUCUUCCAUA